AUGGGCAAAGGGAGAGCACCAUGUUGUGAUAAGAGCCGAGUGAAGAGAGGACCAUGGAGUCCUGCAGAGGACUUGAGGCUUAUAACUUUUAUUCAGAAACACGGACAUGAAAACUGGAGGGCUCUUCCUAAACAAGCUGGGUUGUUGCGAUGCGGGAAAAGUUGUCGAUUGAGAUGGAUUAAUUACCUAAGACCUGACGUUAAGCGUGGUAACUUCAGCAAAGAGGAAGAAGACACCAUAAUUAUGCUACAUCAAACUUUGGGAAACAAGUGGUCAAAGAUUGCGUCUCAUUUGCCAGGAAGAACAGACAAUGAGAUUAAGAAUGUGUGGAAUACUAACUUAAAGAAAAAAUUGGCAGUCAAAGAUGAUGAGGAACAUCCUAAAGGAGAUGAAUCAAAGGAAUCCUCAUCAACCUCCUCGUCCUCCUCUUCGACCAGUACGAUCGUGUCAAGUGGAAAAGGAACUUUGGAAAUGGAACUUGAUGAACAAAAGAAUCAAGGGUCCUCCACGAAGAAGCCUCGUAUCCUAGAGAAUGUACAGGACUCAACACCAAGGGAAGUAUCUAAUCAUCAGUUUUGGCCAACUAAGAAACCAAAUGAAUUAUCAAGUUCCUCUAUUUCUUCUAACAAUUCCAACAUCACAAACUCUAGUCAAGUUGAUGUUUCCAAGCCAGAAGAUGAUCGAAAGGGUUCAUUGUUGAACAUUAGAGGACUUUAUGAUGUUCACAGUUCGUUAGAGGAGGUAAACAAACCGGAAGAAAUCGGGGUUGAAAUCCCAUUGGAGUCGGAUUAUGAUUUUUGGAACAUGUUGGAUAGCUUAAGUUCCUUUCAAUCUGGUGGAAUUCAAUUGCAAAAUGUUGAAGCUGGCCAGAGCUCAAAAUUCGGAGAUGCAUAUAAUAAUGGAGAAGUUGAAAAUAAGAAGUGGCUGCGUUACUUAGAGAAUGAGCUUGGUCUAGACGCAACCAAGGAUGAAACCCAUAAUUUAUCGAAGAAUGUUGCUGAGACACUAGUCCCUGAGAAUUUUCAGUAUGAGAUACCAUUGAAGCCAGCUGAAGUCCAUCCAGGGACUAUUGGAAAUUUUCAUUUGUGGCCUUCUUUAUGA